AUGAUACCUCCACAGUACCUCAAUGUUACUUUAGGCACUGCUGGGGCUAGUGGUGCGUGCUGGGCAUUGAUCACCAGCGGGCCUAACGGGCCUUUGUUCCCCGACUCAGUGGCCAAGAUUGAUGAAUCCAUGGCUGUUGUCAGUGAUGAGAGAGUUUUCUUGCACCCCUACAAUCGAAGCCCUGUCGGUUUCCCCUCCAUUAAUCGUACUUGCCCUGCCGUGCCAUGCCAUUCCCCCACCAUGCCCUGA